CGAUACUACCUUUCCGGUGGCAUUUGUGCCGCCACUUCUCACGCCAUCCCCGUACCGGUGGAUGUGGUCAAAACACGGAAGCAAGUCGAUCCUGUGCUGUACCGGAAGUCCUUCGUCGAAGCGACGAAAGCUAUUGUCGAACAAGACGGCGCGGGAGCGCUACUAGCAGGACUGGGACCGACGACGUGGGGGUACAUGUUGGAAGGGGCUGUAAAGUUCGGUGUGUACGAAGUGUUGAAACCACCGGUCCGGAAGGCUUUGAUCAGUGCGUCGUCCACUACAGCGGCUUUCGCCUUUUUAAAUUCCAAACUCCUCGCGUUUGCCACCUGCGCUGCAGUUUCAGGAUUCGCCGCUUCCAUCAUGCUGUGUCCGAUGGAGGCCGUCCGUAUCCGCAUGGUGGCUGAGCCGUCCUUUGCCCCACAAGGUUGGAUUCAGUGUGGACUGAAGAUGCUCAAAUACGAAGGCGUGGAAGGUCUGUGGAAAGGAAUGACGCCCAUGGUGUACAAGCAAGUCCCGUACACAGUGACUAAAAACGUUUCGUUCGAUUUUCUCACUCGGUCCACGUACGCGGCAAUGCGACAAAACGGAGUCGUCAUGAGUUCCGCCGUCAAAGUUUCCGUUCCAAUGUUUGCUGCCUUUGUCGCCAGUCUGUUAUCCUGCGUCAGCAGCCAACCGGGGGAUAUGCUUUUGAGUCUCGUCAAUGCUCACAAAGGGAAACGGCGAACGAAAGACAUUGUCCGGGAUAUUUUACGGACCGACCGCGGUAUCAAGGGAUUCUUCGUGGGUAUCAAAACACGGCUCCUGCACGUUGGUAUCAUCGUAACGUUGCAACUCCUGAUUUACGACUUUGUCAAGCGGCUGUGCGGAAUUGCGGCUACUGGAUUGUAA